AUGACUUUUGCUUGUUGUGUCUACCACCCCACAUUGCGCCGCUUUCCGCGCCGGGCGUUGGUGCGUUUCAGAUACGGACGGCACUGGCACAGUCCCAAAUGCAAAGAGCGCUCCCAACUUCUGACCAACGACAGCUCUCCGCCGCUCACCGCGCCGCCGGACUGUCAAGUGAAAAUGGGUCUCGAAAAGGCGAAUUACGAAACGAGUAUUAUCAUGGACGAGGACGAGUUCAACAGAUCAAUCGAACCGAUUCUGUCGAAAAAAGACAAUGUUUAUGCGGCGAUUCCAGACCGAGAUCCUAAUGACAUAAACGCUCACUUAAAGGUAAGCUACCCUAUCAGUGUAUCAGCACACCGUGGGCUCCGGGUUUCACAAAGUAAACUACAGUAUGUGGAUGUGCCUCUAUCAAGCCGUAGUUCGAUACUUUCAUCAUGUCACUGUUACUUUGCCAUAGGUAAUAAACUAGUAACAACAUUGUAGGCUAUUCAUGCGUAAUAGCUGCACAAAUCAUGCGCUAUUGCCUAUGAGUUUAGUUUAUAAAUUGGCUGUGAGUUUUCAUUUGGAGUCAGUCCUCUUAUCCAGCCAUUUCCUGAACCAAUCUGGUCUCAGAGCAUUUCGCAUUAUUCUAUUGAAAUCCAAGACACCACAUUUAGUAUGAUAUGUCACGUUUCGUAUGGUAUGUAUUAAUUUGUGGAUGUCCAUCACCCAUUUUGUAUAUGUCACGAAUUACGAUUCGUAUUGUAUGUUACGAAUUUGCAAAACGACAAUAUGUUAAGAAUUUGCAAAUUGUAAAAUAUGUUACGUAUUUGCAAAAUGUAUGCUAUGUUACGAAUUCUAGCUAGGCUAGGGGUUAGGGUUAAGGUUAGGGUUAAAUGUAGGAGUUAGGUUAAAGGGUUAAGGUUAAGGUUAGGGGAAGGGUUACCUAACAUGCUAAGUAGUUGCAAAGUAGCUAAAAAGCAGUAAGUAGUUGAAAAGUUGCUAAUUAGCUAAAAGUUGUCCAUGAUGAGAGUCAAACUCGCAACCUUUGGGUUGCUAGACGUUGGCAUUAUACGCCUACCCAUCCACCCCAACCAAACACCUACUUUCGUUUUUGAGUGUCCCGGAUUUACAUUUACUUUGUUACAUCUAGUCUAUGAGACCAGGCUACCUGAACAGACAGUUCAGAAACAUCUGAUUGUUUGUUUGUGAUUGUACAGGACAUAUAAUGACAGAUAGGUAUCUGAAUGAAUGAUUCCUGACAAGUUGCCUCCUUCUCCAGGUUGGUUUUGACGAUGUGAUAGCAGAGCCCAGUUCGAGCCACAGCUUCGACAGAGUAUGGAUAGGAAGUCACGCUGUCUUCGAACUGGUCAAAUACGUCUCCUACCGAAUACUGACCACCAUCCUUGCCGUGCCCAUGGCGUUUAUCCUCGGUAUUGUCUUCGGGGUCUUCAGCUGUGUUCAUAUUUGGUAUGAACAUCACAUGCUAUCUUGUUGUUUCGGUGCUUGGCCAAGGGCCAAUGUUUCCUUUGCCUGUUUUGCUGCAUAAAUGUAUUAGCCUGUUGAUGACAGAGAGGGUGAUAUACUGGGUGUCAGUUUGCACAGUUAAGCUGGUAUACUGACAUAACAUAAACUAUUUAGUUAACAUCAUAGGUAGAGUACAACUGUGAAUGUGUUUGAAGUGUUUUCACUUUAUUUUGGUAAUUAUGUCAUAACCUUUCCAUAUGCAGGUAUAUAGAACAGAUAUAGCCCCUGGUUCUCCUCAGACUUGACUGCCCUUGACCAGCACAAAAACAUCAUCUGGGCUAGACAAUCUUGACCCUUUCUUUCUAAAAUUAGCAGCCGAAAUUGUCGCAACCCCUAUUACUAGCAUGUUCAACCUCUCUUUCAUAACGUCUGAGAUCCCCAGAGAUUGGAAAGCUGCCACGGUCAUCCCCCUCUUCAAAGGGGGUGACACUCUAGAUCCAAACUGUUACAGACCUAUGUCCAUCCUGCCCUGCCUUUCAAAAGUUUUUGAAGCUGGAGACUCUUAUCUCCCUCACUAACUUUAAGCGUCAGUUGUCAGAGCAGCUUACCGAUCACUGCACCUGUACACAGCCCAUCUGAAAUUAGCCCACCCAACUACCUCAUCCCCAUAUUGUUAUUUAUUUUGCUCAUUUGCACCCCAGUAUCUCUAUAUGCACAUCAUCUCUUGCACAUCUAUCAUUCCAGUGUUAAUACUAAUUGUAAUUAUUUUGCACUAUGGCCUAUUUAUUGCCUUACCUCCAUAACUUGCUACAAUUGCACACACUGUAUAUAUAUUUUCUGUUGUAUUUUUGAUUUUGUGUUUUGUUUUACCCCAUAUGUAACUCUGUGUUGUUGUUUUUAUCGCACUGCUUUGCUUUAUCUUGGCCAGGUCGCAGUUGUAAAUGAGAACUUGUUCUCAACUGGUUUACCUGGUUAAAUAAAGGUGAAAAAAUUUUUUUUUAAAAAAUAUAGGCCUAUUUUCCAUAAUGUACUGUAUGCAUGCCAGUGGACACAGGUGCCUAAAGGACAAAAUACCACUCAAAAACUAUAUUUUGGUAUUUGUUUCAGUAGGGCACUGUUGAUAUGGUCCCAAAAUGUUUUGCAUGUCAGCAAUCAAGUUUUCAAGAUAUAGAACUUCAAAAAUACAGAAAGUGUCACAGUAUGAUGUGUUUUAUUGUAUCAACAGUGGACUAAUUAAAACAAAUACCAAAAGAUAGUUUUUGAAUGGUAUUUUCCUUUAAGUUGUAGGGAAAUAAUACAACUCCUUACAUUCACAAACUGCCUGAGAGUCACUUAGUAAGCUUGCUACUUGCUGAAACAACACCAAAAGUGAGGCACGUUAUAGAAAGUUAGGAGGAAUACAGUGUUCCAGUGGUAGUGGAAAAAAGCCCCCAUACUCCCUGCCAGACAGUUGGCAUUCUAGUCUGCCUUGCAGCACCGUAGGCCUAUUUUCAGAGGAGAAUGGGACAUUCCACUAGAAUAGAUAGGCUACAGAUUGUUUUGAGCAUGUUUUGUGGGCAUGUCACAGAGUAACUUUAAUGCGACCUUUACUACAGUUUCUGGACUAGUUUUUCCAUGUCUCAAUGUCUCAGUCUCUCUACAGAAUUUAUUCUGCUUAAAGCCAUUGUCUGUAUACCAAAUGGCAUCCAUAGGGCCCACAGGGCUUUGGUCAAACGUAGUGCACUAUAUAGGGAAUAGAGUGCAAUUUGGGACGCUACCAUUGUGUAGAGGAAGAGUAAGUCAGCAAUGUCUGUCACAGCUUUUAUGGCGGAUAAGCAAUGUAAAUAAGACUUUGGUGGCAGAAAUCAAUAGAGGAUGGAAUGGUAACUAUAGCAAACAGUUGACCCUGUGACUGGUCAAUGGAUGUCUGGGGUGUGGAUAGGUGUUACAAGAUACAGUGGUACUAGAGAAGACACACUAAUAACACUCCCUAGCCUUAACACAUACUACCGGCUGCAAGCAUUCAUGAAAGUCUGCAUUAACUGUUUACGAUUAUGAUUAUACCAAAGGGACAAAGUAAGACGAUGAAGAAGGCUGUGUGUUGAAUGCAUGUUAAGAGGUACUCUGCAGUCUGUAACAAACGCAACCUAUUAGGGCUUUCUCAUGCGCUUGAUAUUACACUCAAGGCUAUAGGUUUCUCGUAAUGUAAUAAAUAUGCAUGUAAUAGCUAUGCACGACUACACAUUAUGUGCAUUUGAAGAAUACUGUAUGUUUGCGAUGCAAAGUUGAACCUGUUGUUGUGGUCCUUCCUUCUCUCCUCCCUGCAGGGUGCUGAUGCCGGUGGUGCGGAGCUGUCUGAUGGCGCUGCCCUCUGUCCAGAUUGUCUGGAGCAGCCUGACAGACAUGCUCGUCACCCCCCUCUUCCACAGUAUGGGCCGGUGUCUGUCAUUGGUUCACGUCAAGACCACAGACAACUGAUAGGGGCUUUCCUUCCCUGUCAUGAAGACGCACAGAGGGGGAAGGCACAGAGGGGGAAGGCACAG